AGGUAGAGUUAAAUGCAAGAAUCAGUGCUAUUGACCCUAUGUGGACAUAACCAGGCAAUAUAGAUAUUUCCCUGAGAGGAAGAAAUGGGUUGGGAAAGUUGAGAUACCCUUAUCCAGUUGGAGAGGUGGUCUCAAUUGGCUUAUCUGAGCAGCUGUUGAUAUGUCAGAGGCUUGGAAUUGGCAGCAUCUAAAACUGUCUCAGCAGUGGUUCGCUGACCUCACCCAAGUUCCAAGUACUACUCUGCCUGAUCCUUUUUUCCUGAGCCUCAAAGCGAAAAUGCUCCAGAGCUCUUUCUAUUGGCUGGGAAGACGAAUUGAAGUUCCCUUGCCCAUGUUAGGAGGUGUACGCCUCCUGAACUAAAGAUAGAAACAGCUGGCCCUUCCAGGCAGCUAAAAGCCUCUGGACUCAGUGGUGUUCCCCACUCAGCAGCCAGACUCCUUGAAAUACCCUUUCAGUAAUUCUAGCAACGCCUCCAUGUCACAACUCUGUCAUAACAAAGGCUGUGGGCAACAUUUUGAUCCCAACACCAACCUUCCUGAUUCCUGUUGCUAUCACCCUGGGGUCCCAAUCUUCCAUGAUGCACUUAAGGGUUGGUCAUGCUGCCGAAAGCGAACUGUAGAUUUCUCGGAGUUCUUAAACAUCAAGGGCUGUACUAUGGGACCACACUGUGCUGAGAAGUUUCCUGAGACCCCCCAGCCUGAGGACUCUGCUACAAGUUUACUUCAGGAGCAAAAACCUUUGAACACAAUUCCAAAGUCAGCAGAGACCUUACAACGAGAAAGGCCUAAGUCAGAGUUGCCUCCAAAGCUGCUACCACUAAAUAUAUCUCAAGCCCUGGAAAUGGCAUUGGAACAAAAAGAACUAGACCAGAAACCUGGGGCAGGACUUGACAGUAAUCUGAUUCGGAAUGGUUCAAGCUGUCAGAACCCAGGAUGUGAUGCUGUUUACCAAGGCCCUGAGAGUGAUGCUACUCCAUGUACCUACCACCCAGGAGCACCUCGAUUCCAUGAGGGGAUGAAGUCUUGGAGCUGUUGUGGCAUCCAGACCCUGGAUUUUGGGGCAUUCCUGGCUCAGCCAGGAUGCAGAGUUGGUAGACAUGACUGGGGGAAGCAGCUGCCAGCAUCUUGCCGGCAUGAUUGGCAUCAGACAGAUUCCUUAGUAGUGGUGACUGUAUAUGGCCAGAUUCCACUUCCUGCAUUCAACUGGGUGAAGGCCAAUCAAACUGAGCUUCAUGUCCACCUUGUCUUUGAUGGCAACCGUGUGUUCCAAGCAGAGAUGAAGCUCUGGGGGGUCAUUAGUGUGGAGCAGAGCUCUGUCUCUUUGAUGCCAUCUCGGGUUGAAAUCUCCCUGGUCAAGGCUAACCCAGGAUCCUGGGCCCAGCUGGAGCACCCCGAUGCGCUAGCUGAGAAGGCUAGGGCAGGAGUUGUCUUAGAGAUGGAUGAGGAAGAAUCUGAGGGUUCAGAUGAUGAUCUGAGCUGGACAGAGGAGGAGGAGGAAGAAGAGGAAGCCAUGGGAGAAUAAUAAUACCAGACAGUUAAGUGUCUAGACAAGACCUCAGUGACUCCCUUAGAAUCUCAGAGACCAAGGUAUGGUUGACCAUGUGAUGUCAUUGAGACUGAAGGCAGGAAGAACUGUUCAAACCAUAUUGUUUUGUCUCUUAAAUAAAUCAUGUAUUCUGCAGUUUCA